AUGUCCACCACCGCUGAGAUCCUCCAACAAACCACCACCUUCCUCUCCGAAACAAUCUCACAACCAGACAUCCGUCGCCGUAUCUUUUCCAUCCUCCGUAACAAUCUCUCUCCUUCCGUCCAACUCAACAUCAAACAACUAAACCUCGCCGCUGACACACUUGAAAACGCCAUAACCACCUCCAACCCCUCCGUCAGAUCCUCUUCCCUCCGCCUCUCCGAAAAGCUUCUCCUCUCAUUCCCACAAAACCCGUUUUCCUCCUUCUUACUCUCACUCAUCUACACUCUCUGCCAACGCCCAAUCGAUGCUUCCAUUACUCUCCUCAACCUCUUCGAAACUGACCCAUCAAUCGCAAGAUCAGAAGUUGCACCCCAGUUGUUCGAGGAUAUACUUCUAAUCAACUUUUUACCAGUUCUUGAGUGGUACAAUGAGCAAAGAUCACGAAUUUUAUCAUCUUUGUCUUCAAAUUGUGGAUACGAAAGUGAUGAAAAUUCAAUUGUUACGGAUUCAGUUGUGUCGUGCACUACUUUACUAUCGAAAAUGAACGGAAAUCAAGCUUCUGAAUUGAAGGAAUUAGAGAGAGAUUAUGAGCAAGUUCUUGAUGAAAAUUGUAGGGUUUUUGCUGGGUAUUUCAAAGAGAUAUUGGGAAAUAAAGAUGGGAAUGGAGUAAUUGUUCCACCAUUGGUAGUUCUUGAAGCAGUUCACAAGGGUGAUGAACAUCAUGUGUUAAACCAAGACGAGAAGAGCAUAUCGACUCAAUUCGGAUCAAAAAACGGACGGUAUAAUCCAAUAUGGACUGAUAAAGGAGAAGAACAAUCAGUGAAAACGCUCUCCAAGUUUCCAUCUUUCUUCCCUGAAAGAGUCUCUCCCAGACUUCUCACUAACCAAAGAUCAUCUUCAACAACGUCAAAACCCUCCCCAAAUCAAGACUAUUCCGAUUCAGAACCCGACAACAAUUCUUGCUCCAAUAUGUCUUCAUCCGAUUCAGAUACAGAAGAAAUAGAGGUGAAAAACAUCGAAAUAGCAUCGUCAGACAAGAAACAGAAACAACCCAUCUUAAUAGAGCCAAGUUCUUUUGAUCCUGCCAUGGAAGACUACGAGAACCAGAUUAACGAAGAUAAACAUGCAGAUACACCCCCUAAAGAUUUCGUUUGUCCAAUAACAACCCAUAUAUUUAACGACCCCGUUACGUUAGAAACCGGUCAAACUUAUGAACGGAAAGCCAUCCAACAAUGGUUAGAUAGAGGAAACGUUUCUUGCCCAAUCACCAGACAAAAGCUUCACAGCGCUCAUCUGCCCAAAACAAAUUACGUCCUUAAAAGACUAAUCGCCAGCUGGAAAGAAUUGAGUCCCGGGAAUGGGAAUGGAACUGGGAAUUCCAGUUAUGACGAUAUCCUUCAGCUGACGUCACCCGACAGUGUAAUAAGUCAAGCCACCAUUGAUGGAACACUCAACGAACUCAGACGUGCAAUCACUAAUCUUUGUACUUCCGAAGUGUUAAAAGAAGCCGAAACAGCUGUUCUCAAAAUCGAAAGAUUCUGGCAAGAAACAAACAUGGAAUUGGAAAUUCAAACGAUGCUUUCACAACCUCCGGUUAUAAACGGAUUUGUAGAGAUUCUUUUCAGUUCAAUCGACACCCGGGUUUUAAUCGCAACGGUUUUUCUUCUUUCCGAACUCGGUUCACGAGAUGGGAAUGUAAUCGCAACACUCACGAGAGUGGAUUCCGAUGUUGAAUGUGUCGUUUCACUUUUUAAAAAAGGUUUAUUUGAAGCGAUUGUGUUGAUUUACUUACUGAAACCUUCGAUUCCGGGGCUUCUUCAAAUGGAAUUGGUGGAUUCCCUUUUGAGUGUUGUGAGUAAAAAGGAAGAUGAGUUUUUUAAGAUGUGUGUGAAACCGAAAGCGGCUGCGGUUAUGUUGUUGGGAUGGAUUGUUGGAAGUGGUGAUGAUGUGGCUGUUUUUGGAGUUGUUAAGAGGGUGAUCUCUGGAAAGGCGAUUGAAUGUAUUGUUGAAAGUUUGGAAUCGGAAUGGAUAGAGGAAAGAAUCAUGGCUAUUCGUAUACUGUUGAGAUGCAUGCAAGAAGAUGGAAAGUGUAGGAAUGUAAUUGCUGAUAAAGCUGAACUUGCUCCGGUUUUAGAGAGUUUUGUUGAGGCAAACGAUGGAGAUCGGUUUGAGAUUGUUCAAUUUCUUUCUGAGUUAGUUAAACUAAACAGGAGAACAUUCAACAAUCAAAUUCUACAUAUUAUAAAGGACGAAGGAAGUUUUAGUACAAUGCAUACACUUCUCAUAUAUCUACAAGCAGCUGCAACCGAUCAAUCUCCGGUUAUCGCGGGUCUCCUUCUUCAACUAGACCUUCUGGAAGAACCAAGAAAAAUGAGUAUUUAUAGAGACGAGGCUAUUGAUACUCUUAUAUCAUGUCUUAAAAAUUCGGAUUCCCCAGCUGCUCAAAUUGCAGCUGCAGAGACAAUUUUAGCCUUACAAGGCCGAUUCUCAUCUUCUGGGAAGCCUCUUGUUCGCAUGUAUCUUCUUAAACAUGCUGGAUUUGACAAAACUUAUCGAUCCACAAUACGAAAAGAACAACUUUCAACCAUUUCUGGAGAGCUUCAUGACACUAAGGAUGAGGAGAAAGCUGCUCAGGAAUGGGAGCGAAAAAUGGCGUUUGUUUUAACGAGCCAUGAAUUCGGUCUUAUUUUUGAGGCUUUAUCAGAAGGAUUGAAGAGUAGAUAUGCAGAAGUAUGUGCAGUUAGUUUUGUGUGUGCAACAUGGCUUGUACACAUGCUUAAGGUUCUUCCAGAUACAGGAGUUCAAGGAGCAGCCCGAGUUUGCUUGUUGAAUCGCUUUGUGUCUAUCUUUAAAUCUGCAAAAGAUCCGGAAGAUAAAGCCCUUUCCAUGCUUGCACUUAGCAGUUUCAUCCAUGAUCCUGAUGGGUUGCGGGAUAUAACCACACACAUGAAGGAUAUCUUGAAGGGUUUGCGAGACUUCAAGAAAUCAUCUAAUGUGGCUUUAGAAAUGCUCAAAGUAUUUUCAGAAGGGAGUGAAUCUAGUGCAGAUCUAUGGAGUCAUAAAGAACUAACACAACAAGAUUGCAGCAUGAAUGGAGAAGUUCUAUCGAUAGCAUCCAUCAAAGACAAGAUCUUUUCAGGCCAUUCAGAUGGCACAAUAAAGGUUUGGAUGGAUAAAGGUAGCGUGCUACAUUUGAUCCAAGAAAUACGAGAACACUCAAAGGCAAUCACUAGCUUGACUGUUCCACAGUCAGGGGACACUCUAUACAGUGGUUCACAUGAUAAAACCGUCAGGUGGUGGUCUAUUAACAAGGAAUCGAUACACUGCGAACAAGUGUAUGAUGUCAAAGAUCAAGUUAACAAUCUUCUAGUCGCCAAUAGUAUCUCAUGCUUCAUUCCUCAAGGUGCUGGAAUCAAGAUUCAAUCAUGGAGUGGAACAUCAAAGCUACUUAAUCCUAGUAAAUAUGUCAAGUGUUUGGCUCUUGUUCAUGGGAGAUUAUAUUCGGGAUGCCAGGAUAAUAGCAUUCAGGAAAUCGAUUUGGCAACCGGAACAUUGAGUUCCAUACAAAGUGGAUCAAGAAAACUACUUGGUAAGGCAAAUCCAGUCCAUGCCUUGAAAGUUCAUGAUGGACUCAUAUACUCAGCCAGCUCUUCUGUUGAAGGAACUUCAUUGAAGGUGUGGAACGCUUCAAAUUACACUUUAAACCAAACAGUGUCAUUGGGGAGUGAAGUACGGACAAUGGUGGUUAGCUCAGAUAUAAUUUAUAUGGGUUGCAAAGGAGGGAUUGUGGAAGUAUGGUGUAGAAAGAAACUUAGUAGAAAAGAAACACUACAAACUGGUACAAAUUGUAGAGUUGUUUGCAUGGCUCUAAAUAGCAACGAAGAUGUCUUGCUCAUUGGAACUUCUGAUGGAAGAAUUCAGGCUUGGGAAGUGAGUUAAAGAUCUUGUUGUAUAUCAAAAUAGUAGUACCAUCAAGCGAAAAAUGUCACUUAACAGAUAUAUUCUUUUGAAUGUUCAUAAAUGAGGUGAUGUAAUGUAUAGGACUAACUGUAAAAAGAGUGCAAGGUAUUUUCAACAUUUUUUCAAAUCAUGGGCAACAUAUUCUUUUAGCUAUUUAAU